AUGGCUGAUGAGAAUGAGAAUUUGUAUGUCUUAGGCAACAAUGCUAUUCAAAAAGAUUCCUUAAAGUUGGAUGCACUGUCUCACUUCCAUUUUGCUCCAAAGCCGGUUAUUGAGGACAUGUCUAUACAAGUCAAUGUACCUGCUGUAGCAAUGGAAGAGGUUGCUCCAUUGGUCGUCUCAGAUGCAGCUAUGCUUGCCCCCGAGGAGAUUUUUCAUGGAAAAGGAAACAUCAAAGAAGAGGCAGAGUUAACAAAAGAAGAGAGGAAAAGGAGACGUGCCAACCAGAAAAGA